AUGAAUAAGGUGAUUUGUGUGGUUGCGAUUCUGUAUACAGUGAGAGCUAAGCCACUGUAUAGUCAUGAAUUUCCACACUCCUCUCAAAACUUCGUUCUUCAUACCGAACACAAAGGACAUCAUGAGGAACAUAAGCAUCACCAUGAGAUCUAUCAUCCCAUUCACGUUAAGCACGAAGAACACAAAGUAGAACAUCAUCAUCAUCAUGAGGUUAAGGAACACAAAGUAGAAGAGCACAAAAAACCAGUGGAGCAUUACAAACAUCAUGAACAUAAGCACCAUGAGCAUCUAGAACAUCAUGAUCUUCAACAGCACCAUGAACAUGAUGAGCUUCAGCUGCUCGAUGAACAUCAUGAGCAUCAAGAGCUCCAUGGAUAUCAUGAGCAUCAGCAACACCACGAGGACGAUCAACAUCAUGAGCAUCAACACCACCACGAAGACGAUCAACACCAUGAGCAAAAAGAGGAGCAUAAAAAAGACAAAGAGCACACCGAGCACCAUUCUCACCCAAAAUACGAGUUCGACUACAAAGUAGAGGAUCCUCAUACUGGCGACUAUAAAACCCACCACGAGGUCCGAGAUGGAGAUACGGUCCACGGCUUCUACACGUUACAUGAAGCCGAUGGGACUACUAGAAUCGUGGAGUAUUCUGCUGAUAAAAAAGAAGGAUUUAAAGCCAAAGUGAAGCACGAAGGCCACGUCACACACGAAGCACCCAAGUAG